AUGGGGUCCAACGAGGCGGACAAGCCGCUGCGCCGGAUCGGCGCGUCGUUCGAGCAGCUCGCGGCCGUCCAGCAGCAACAGCCCGCGAUGGCGGCGGGGGACUUCUCGCGCGCCUGCUCCAACGUCUCCGUCCUCUUUGGCUGCCUCGGCAUCGCCUUCAAGUUCGCCGAGAUGGACUACGUCGCCAAGGUUAAUGAUUUACUGGAGGCAUCCAAGACGAUUUCAACAUUGCCCUCCAUGGUUGAGCUUGACAUUCAAAAGGGCACUGUCAGGCAGGCGGGGAGCCAUACGAGGAAUCUACUGAGGGUUAAGCGUGGGAUUGAUAUGGUGAAAGUUCUGUUUGAGCAGAUAUUGGUCACAGAAGGCAACUCCCUGAAGGACGCAGCGUCAAAGGCUUAUGCUCAGGUGUUUGCUCCUCACCAUGGCUGGGCCAUAAGGAAGGCCGUUGGUGCUGGAAUGUAUGCCCUCCCUUCUAAGUCGCAGCUCUUGAAGAAACUGAAUGAAGAUGAAAAUUCGGCAAGGGCUCAAAUGCAGAGUUUCGUCAGGUCGUCUGGACCAGUAAUUCUCUACGUCGAAGACCUCUUCACCUCCAAGAAUUUAGGGCUGGACUGGUGA